AUGAAACAAAGCGGAAGUCGAAGAGGAAGAGAGGCGAUUGAGAAUCACCAUGCCGACCACCGCUUCCAUCCCAGGGGCAACUUUGGCGCCCAUGUCGGGACUGUCGGCGGCGUCGUUGGCGCUGCUUCUGGUCGGGCUGGUGAGUGUGUCGCUGUGCCGCAAUCCGACAACCGAUUUCAGACCAGACUAUUAACAGACGAGGUUGAGACCGCCUCGUAUUUUCUCCUCCUGAGGCCUCUCUACAACAUCUACUUCCAUCCGCUCCGCCGAUACCCCGGACCUAAACUGUGGGCCGCGUCGUCGCUACCAUGGGGCUUUUCGUUCUUGAGCGGGUACUGGCAUCACCGCGCCCUGCAGCUGCAUACCCAGUACGGUCACGUCGUGCGUAUUGGCCCAAAUGAGCUCUCGUUCGACGUUCCCGAGGCUUGGGAGGACGUGUACGGGCGGUCGAAGCACCGAAAGGAAAACCCCAAGGCUCCGUGGUACCUCAACCCCAAGACCAAGGAGAUUGUGAGCGCGCGGCUCGAAGAACACACGCGCAUGCGCCGCCUGCUGGGCAUCGGCUUCACCAACACAGCCAUGCUCGAGCAGGAGCCGCUGAUUAAGAGCCACGUCGACCUGUUCAUCCAGCGUUUGCACGAAAUCAACAGCGGAGGCAAGGCCGCCGUCGACAUGUUCGAGUGGUUCGCGUACUGCACCUUCGACAUCAUCGGCGACCUGUCCUUUGGCGAGCCGUUCGGGUGUCUGCGCGACUCGAUGCUGCACCCAUGGAUCGCCUGGGUGUUUGCGAACAUCAAAUUGGCCCACACCCUGGUCUUGUGCAACCGAAUCCCCUUCUUCUUCCUCUUCCUACCCAUCCGGCAAACCCUGGCGCUCGUCAAGGGCGCGGGGUACUUUGAGAAGACCAUGAAGGCUGUCACUGACCGGCGUCUGGCCCGCGACGCCGAGCGGCCCGACUUCUUGCAGAUCAUGAAGACGCCGCGAGGGAACUCGGUACAUUGCUUGUUCCAGUUCAUGACUCGAGAAGAAAUUCACAGCAACGCGUCCUUUUUGACCAUGGCAGGAUCCGAGACAACGUCGAAUUCGAUGGUCGUGGCCGUGUACAUGAUAUGCUUGUACCCAGAAACCAAAGCAAAGAUCAUCGACGAGCUGGCCGCAACCUUCAACACCGAGUCCGAGAUCGACAUGCGCAGCGCGGGCAAGCUGACGUAUUUGAUGGCCGUCAUUCAGGAGAGCAUGCGCUACCAUCCGCCGGGACCCAACGCACUGUGGCGCAUAACCCCUUCGGGGGGCAACGAGAUUCUAGGCGACUGGCUGCCCGCAAAGACUAUACUUGGCAUACCGCACCGCGUCAUGUAUCGCAGUGAGCACAAUUUCAAGCACGCGAACGAAUUCAUACCGGAGCGUUGGUUGGAUGUUGAGGGGGAGCAGUCCGAAUUUGCCAAUGAUCGCAGAGACAGCUUCCAUCCGUUCUCUUACGGACCACGGACUUGUCUUGCCGUGAAUCUCGCCUACGCCGAGAUGCGCUACAUCCUUGCGCGCCUGAUGUGGAAUUUUGACUUUGAACUGGCCGAGCAGAGCCGGAACUGGGCCGAUGGGCUCCGCGCUUGGUUGAUCUGGGAGAAGCGACCACUCUAUGUCCAUCUGAAGCCGAGACGUUCGAAGUAA